CAUCUUCGUAUAGCUCUUGGAACUACGGCUCAAACAGAUGUGUCUAAUAGACUAUUCCGCCUGAAGAAGCUCAAGGACAUCGUCACUGCAGGUUCAAAAAUUUGGCGAUGGAGAGUACCUACGACACCUCUGACCCCAAUCAGAAACAGGGCGAUUCUAUCGCUUGGUACGUUGUGCCUCGUGAUUGUCGGGGCGAUGAAGUUGGGGUGAUGGAGGACCCAGAACGAGACCCAGGAGAAAUUGUUUCUACAACUGAGCCUAACUCCCAAAAGCUCGAGCCGACUGUCACUGAGGUGGAGGCUGAUAAUGUCAUUACUGAAUGGGUCUCAAGUCUCUACAUGACCAGAUACUGGCCCCUUCUCUGCCUCUUGGGGGCAUCCUUCGGAGCCAUUCAUCUAGUAUCCUGGACCUCCUCUUUCCCAUCAGAGGCAGAGCGUUGGCUAUGGCGAAUCAGCGCACUCGUUUCAGUCAUCACAUCCGUUAUCUGUAUGCAGUUCAGGAAGAUGAGUCUAACAUGGGAUGGGCCAUUGACCAUUAUCAAAGUUGGAAGCCCACUGCUUUAUCUUGUGACACGGGUUGUUAUGGCAGUGGAAGCGUUUGUAGGCUUGCGAGCUAUGGAGCCGGCGACUUACGAUAAUUACGCACUGACAAACUAUUGGUUUCACUUGUUAUGA